ACGUCGUCGUCACCCCAACAUGUGUUGAUGCUUGUAACUGUACAUGUGACCUAGUAACUAAAUAACCUUUGACCUUUGUGUUUACUUUUUUCUUUCAGCCACGGCUUGAAGUCAUGUGGGCGAUGAAGGCCUACAACCACGCAGAAGUUUACUUCAAUCUCAUUUCAUCCGUCGAUCCGAGGUUCCUGAAACUGACGAAACUGGACGACAAAAUCUACUCGGCCUUCAAGGAAACGUUUAAAGACCUCGACAUAAAGCUGCUGAAAGCAGACGACCUGAAAUCUGACAAGGCCAAAGAGAUAUGGCGUCCGUUCUGUAACCAGUUUGAAGGACUCGUCGAAGACUUCAACUACGGCACUCUGCUCCGUCUGGACUGUGAGAAAGACUACACAGAAGAGAACACUAUAUUUGCCACCAGAGUUCAGUUCUUCGCCGUUGAAAUCGCCCGCAACAGAGAAGGCUACAACAACACCGUGUUCACGUCCAAAUGUUCCAAGAGCUAGUCUCAAAGUAAUGAAGCCAUCCAACAAUGCUGCGUACCACCACCGUGGCGAUGGACUGACACACUCUCCGUCUCCUGAGGGGGCAGCCUGUUAUCUACUUGCAACACCUUUUCUGAAAAUAUCCAUCAGUGGUUUUUUUGUUGUUUAAUACUGACGUCUUAUAAAAACUCGAUCCUGUCUUUGGUGCUGUUUCAGCACUGUUCUGCAUUUUGUAUUUACUGUAAAGUUUUAUUGUGCCAAUCAUAAAUGGAUGUUUAUUUUGUAACACUGAAGUUGCAUUUGUUUGCCUGUAACUGAGGAAACCAUUAAUAAAAACCCAGAUGCAUUUUA